AAUAGUAUUUCACUACAGAAUAAGAAUACUUGGCAGCGCACGAGGGGGGAAGGAAAUCUGUUUUCCACUGCUGUGCAGGACUCACUUCCCUGCAGUGCAUACUUGAGCACAUGGACGCAGAAGUGCUUUGAAAUGACACCUCUUGUGGACUAGACCCUGAUCUAUUUCUCAAAAAGAACACGAGGAAGUCAUGCCAAAGAAUCAGGUCUCAGGAAGAUGCGAAUCAAAUCCAAAUCCCACAGUAUUGCUGUGCUGCUGUCACCUCUCUGCACAAGAAUGAAAGGAAUAUUGCUAUGCCAUUUGGGCCAGCUGCAGUUUAUGCAAUAAACGCAGACAGUUCUCCGUGUGCCAGCGGCGACUGGUUUGCUGGGGUCAAUCUUGCAACGUUUGCAACAGGGUUCGCGUUGACCGCGCGCAGCAUCGAAGUUGAAGAAGCUCUCGCGCACGAGACCCAAACCCCCGAGAGGCUCCAGAGAUGUUCUCGUGGAAUAUGGACAGAAUGAUUGACGUGGAAGCUUCAGAACGGUAAACGACCCGUGUGCGCAACAAUGCAGCGAAUUUUCCAGAGGAGACGGAUCCACACACUGCGCUUGGUUUGGGCGCUCAUGGCCGCGCUCGCGCUGUCACUGGCAGUGUGCAGUGCCAUAUUCACAGUGUGGACAUUGCGACAAACGCGGGACUUGUCGAGGUCUUUCCAAACUCUGCAGGAGCGCUUAGAGCAGGUGAAUAUGCAGCGCAAGGCCAUCUUCCAACUCAUCCUGGAAAAACGCGAUAUUCUGGAGAGUCGGAGGUUCCGCAGAGAUGCGGGAGGGAGGAAAGGAAACGGACGGAAAGCGGCCUCUCAUUUUGAGAUAACCAACAAUUCCUUCGAAAAAGUGGGGCAUGAGGGAGUCAUUAAAGGAUGGACUGAAGAGCAGCUGAAUAUGAGCAGAGCAGUGCAUUAUAAUCCAGAGACCGGCACCUUCAAAGUGGAGCGCAGCGGCGUCUACUUCUUGUACUGUCAGGUUCACUUCAACGAGAACCAGAGUCAGUACGUGAAGCUGGAGGUGUCGGUCCCAAAAGGCCCUACGCUCCAGUGCAUCGAGGGGUACGGGACCACACCAGCCUCGGGCUCCCACAGGUUCCACUUCCUCAAGCCGUGCCAGGUCUCCGGCCUCCUACGCCUCAACAAGGGCGCCGAGCUCAAGGCCGUCACCGGAGGCCACUUCAGUCUGCAGACGUCGGGCAAACACUACUUCGGCCUCUUCAAAGUCAACUAGAGGCUCAGACGGUUUUUUCAGACACCUCAACUGUGUGGACUUUUAUAGUUUUCCACACAUCACUGGCCCAAAAGUACCUAACCUAAACCUGUCUCUUUCAACCUGGCGUUGCCUUAACAGAGGAAAUUUUGACUCGGCGAGGAACGUUUCUAUAACCAGCUGUCCACGGUCACAGAUGACCCCCUUAUGAACGCAAGUGCCCUUCCAUUACGAUGUCAUCGGGAUGUUAAUGACUGCACAACUUGCCUUGUUGGACCAAUUUAUGGAGAAUCACUUGGUACUCUGUUGGUUUGGCUGCAAAUGCCUUAUUAAACGCAAACCAACACAAUUUCUACUAUAUAAAUAUAGCAUUUAAUUACAGCAUACCAGAGACAUUGCUCCAGCAGCGUGGUUGGCUUAUAUACUGGCAUAACCAGUUUGAACAGAAGGACUAUGAAUUUCCAGCAGUGUCGCAGGCCACUGCAAGCAUGAGAGGUUUCACCACUGGUUACUUGGCUGGACCAAAACAGAGUCGCCCUAGUUCCUGAACCACUGGAUGGGUUCAGCGCAGAAGACAAAAAAAUAAAGGUUUUGGUUGGUCAUUAAGAAAAACUCCAAGGGAGUGACUAAAUAUGCAUUGAAUAAUCAAAGAUUUUUUAUCAACAAGCCACACUCCCUUUUCUAUCCAAAUACACAGUCACUGUGACAAAUGAAAUAUAUAGUAAUAUUUAUCAAGAAAAAGGUCUUGUGUUACAGAAAGUGGAUUGUGUGUACAGCUUGGACGGCUUAGGACAGUAUGCCUUUGGUUUUUAUAUAAUGUGCAAUUUCAUGUUCUUUUUUAAAAAGGUCAAAUUUUCAUCGUAAUGUCAUUUAAUCUCACUCAUUUUAGAAAUGUAUGAAACCACUGCUGACUCGAAUCUGUCAAUGUCUACCUGACCUAGCGCUCCUGAAGCCUUUUGUAAAUCUUGUCAAUGCUGUUAAUUAAAUCUGAAAUUGAACUUA